GUAUUCCACAUGCGACGCUCAAUGUGCGAUGUAUUGUAUACAUGAAGCGCUGCAGGUUUAGAGGGUCAAACCGACGAAAUUAAAAAGAAAAACAAUCCGGUGGCUUGGCAUUGUUGACAGUCAUCAAACCCUUAUUCAUCCCACUUCGGACAUUUUAACGAGCCAACAAGACAGAAACGCAGAUAUUUGGACUGUUUAUGCUGAAGAAACCACCAGAGGUCGAAGAAAAUACAAGGGCAGCUGAAUACGUUUCAUAAACACCUCAAGGACAUCAGCAUCAGACUGAGGUUUCAACUUGUAGCCUUCACUGGCUCAGUUAACAGCAGCUCAUCUGAAAUAAUGGGAUAGUAUACAUACAGAAGUGAACUAUGACCUAGAAAAAGAGUAUUUCUUUGUCACAGAACCCCCCAAAAAUUGUGGUUCAGACCUGCACUUCCAGCUGCUGAGAGAAUACCCACAAAUCUACACUCCCAUGCAACUCUCCAUCCCUCACUCUAAUCAAAGGCUCCUAAAUGCAUCGAACCCAGAGUGACUGUGGCAGAGCAAAAUGCCCGAAGAAAAAGAGGAGAUUUAUGUCUUCCACCAAGGGAGUUUCUCACCUCUCCAAGCGAGCAAAGCGACGCUUUUGCUGUAAAUUACAGCUUUGGAUGUGGAGGAGGCAGAAAGAGAAAUGCGGCUUUGGGAUAUACAGAACAAGGAAACAAUCUUUUCUGAUGAGAUCUGGCUCCUGCCUCGGUGUAAACAGACAGUCACAGAAAUGUGGAGUACGAGUUCAAGCACAUCACUCACCACGUUUACAAAAUGCACAAGUUGGAACAUCAACUCUUGAAUGUGAAAAUGGGGGGUCAGAGGAGUUGCAGAGAAAACAGAUUUGCCUGCUCAACAAGUGUGAGUUUAUCAGUCCAACAGAGACGUUGCCUGACUCCAGCUCCCAUCAGAAUCUGGUCAUGGACAAAAAUGUUGCUUUAGAGAAUGUCGGUCAAACUGUCCCUCCUCAAAAAGAAGACACUUUGGUACAGGUGAUUAAAAUGUCUGACCCUUCAGAAGUUUCUCACACUGUCAAGCCACUGUUGACUACAGACAAUGAUGCAUGUGGUGUGCCUACCAAUUUAAGAGAACCAAGGACAAUGGUACCAGCUCAAAGGCCUGAGGUUGAUGACCAAUCAGGACAGUUUACUGCUGCCACUCAGGAUCAGGCUACAAUCAGCAUUACAGAUGGGAGUAUCACCUCAAAAACAACAGUGUCUUCUCAAGCUGAUGUCUGCAUUAACGUUCUGGCAGAAGACAUCCAAAAAUUUCUUAAUGACUUCUACAGAACGUAUGGAAGUUUAAUCCCGCUGAAAAAGAACGAUGUGUUGAGACAUCUGAAGAGGAGGUUUAACACUGAUUUCAGUGACAGGAAAAAUGUCAUCGUUUCAGAGGUGAUGAAGUACAGAGAUACAUUAGUACAAACACCUGUUCCCUCCUUCCGGGUGGUCUACAAAAAACACACUCUGACACUGGAUGACUUGUCUACACUGGCAGAUCAGAACUGGCUCAACGACCAGGUGAUGAACAUGUAUGGAGAAUUGAUUAUGGAAUCUGCCCAUCACAAGGUCCAUUUCCUCAACAGUUUUUUCCACAGGCAGCUCAUGACAAAAGGAUAUGAUGGUGUAAAGAGAUGGACAAAGCAGGUGAAUUUGUUUUCGAAGAGUUUGCUUUUGGUGCCGAUCCACCUGGAGGUCCACUGGUGUCUGGUGACAGCUGACCUCGUCAAAAAGAAGAUCUGCCUCUAUGACUCUCAAGGGAACGUGCUUCAGAAGAUUGGCAGGAACAUUUUGAAAUACUUGAUGACAGAAGCAAAGGAGAAGAAUCAAACCGAUUUUGAAAAUGGUUGGGCGAUAUCAUUUGAUGAGAUAGUCCCACAACAGACCAACGAGAAUGACUGUGGAGUUUUUGUCUUGGAGUAUUCAAGAUGUCUUGCCCUGGCCAAACCUCUGCAGUUUUCACAGAAGGACAUACCAAAGAUACGCAAGAGGAUCUACAAAGAGCUCUGUGAAUGUAGACUACAUGAACCAGGCUGAUGUGUAACUCAAAGCUGUGUGUAUGUUCUGAUGGUAACGUGCUGUACUGAUCAGAUAUGGUAAUCUGUAGGUGUCAGGAGCAGCUCUGAAGCAGCCUUAAAAGUACUCUUGAGUGCAUAUUAAGGACCUCAUCAGGAGCAGGUCAGACGUUUUUCAGGAGCACUGUUCCUUUUAAAUCGUCAUUUGUUUGGUUACUGUGAAUACAUUUUCAAUAUUUAAUCAGGCAUGUUGACUGGCGUUUACAACAACAGUGCACCAAGUACCUUACAGUAGAGGCCGCCUGUCUUAUUUAAUCUGAAGUGUCUUUCCUCAUCUGUGUUUAGGUGUUUUACUUUUAUUGUGUUUAUCUUAUUUGCACAUUUAAAGGCUUUGUGUCAUAAGCAAAGUUUAUCAGAUGACUAAGUGAAACCUGUGUGUUCUUUGUUUGUAAAGAUGAUGGAAUAGGUUUCCACAAUUAUUUUUUUUGCUGAAUAAUAGAAGUUGUACAUGUUGAAAAUAAAAAGCAGACAGUUUCUGAAUA